AUGGCUGAUAUCAUCACUAAUGGCGAGAAGGAGAACGUCCAGCUCAGCUGGCAUGGCGAAGUGAAUGUGGACAAUUAUACAGACAUGGUGGAGCGCUACGCAGGUUAUCGGACACAGCGCCUCAACGUCUUGAAGCUGGUCGUGGAAGUCCUGGAAAAGGAAGGUAUCAACUACUGGUUGGACUGUGGCUCGUUGUUGGGUGCGUAUCGCAAUGGCAAGAUGAUACCGCAUGACAGCGAUACAGACGUGUCGAUACUGGGUGACGAAGAGUUUGACAGGGCCAGAAAGGCCCUGCGCCAGAAUCUACCCAGCGUCUACAGCAUGGAGGACGGCACGUCCUACGCGGAAAAGAUAAUGAUCAGUCACGACUCGUGCGGGACAUAUAAGUACUCGGACGAUAUUGACUGCUCCAAUGUGACUGGAGACGUUAACAAAUACAUCCUGCGACCUGACGGUACACUUCAGCAGAUCUACUAUAAAUUCAAUCUAGGUGAGCGACGCUAUCAGCACGAUUGGGUCUUCCCGCUGGAGAAGAUCCAGUUCGAAGGGCUGACACUGCCCUGCCCCCACAACGUGAAAGCCUACUUGGAGGAGAUGUACGGCUACCUCGGAACGGACUUCAAGUACGAUCCGGUGUCGACUCGCUUCGUGAAACGCGAUUGA